AUGACUAAAUUCAGGUGGAAUGAAUCGAUGAAUAUGUUCCGGGAUCAUGUUGAUCCAGAUAAAGAGGAACAACGUAAACAGAUCAUAAUCGAGACGGAUGCAAAGGUGGACAAAAUCGUGAAGCUCGUUAAAAAUCUAAACUCCGGCACGAAAGAAACAAGACAAAGGAAACGAUCCGAAGUCAUUAGCCUGAUUGAGGAUUUCUACAAACAAUACCAAGCCAUGUGUGCAUUAUAUGAAGAUUUAAGAGAAGGUGUCAAGAGAAAAUGCAACAAUGAAGAAGAUAAAGAAGACAAUGAGUCCAUUUCAUCUUCAAAUUCAUUAGGCAUGGAAUCAGCAGCAUAUUAUUCACCAGGUAGUGGAUCAAAAACACCAAAUAUUGAUCCACCAAAAGUGGCAUUAACACAAGAUGGUCAAAGCAUGAGAUCCGAGAACUCGUGUCAUUCGUUAGAAGCGUUAAGCGUUGAUAAGUCACCCUUUAAGAUGAAGGUGUUAGAGGACAAAGUUAGUGCGUUAAAGCUCGAGAUUGAGACGUUAAACUGUCAGAAGAGUGAUCAUGAACAAGAGUUUAAAGGCCGACACGAUAGAUUUCAUAAACGGUUGCAAGAAAAUAUAGGAUUGCAGCUUGUGUCGGCGUUUAGAGAAAAGGAUGAGAACGUUUUGAAGAAAGUCGACGAGUGUGAGAAGUUUUUCAAUAAUAAAGUUGAAGAGUCUAUGGAUCGUGUCGAGAAUUUGAAAAACUUUUUAUAUGGAAAAGAGAAAGAGCUCCAAAUAUUAAGGAUUCAGAACCAAGAAUCGGAAAUCAAGCUCGAGAAGAAGGCUAAAGAAGUGUCGGAUUCGCUUAACUUGCAAGAAACUUUAGCGGAAAAACUAAAGGAAAAGACCACAAACGAAGAGGGGCUUGUCGAAGAAAGAGACCAUUUGAAAGAACAAGUCAAAGAUUUGGAGACCAAGAUCGAAUGUUUAAGCAACGAGAAUCGUUUGUCGAAAGACGAAAACAAGAAUCAAAGGAAAACCGUUUCGGAGUUGGAGGAAAAACUUCAAGAUUCUCAAAUUUCGGCUGCUGAAUCACGAACGGAGUGUGUCAAGGAUUGUUCGAACAAAAUGAAAUCCCUCCAGCAAAAGUUCGAAUCGUUAGACAAAAACGACGAGCAAAGAGACAUGCUAGCGAACAAGUUAAACCCCGAGGCAAAAUGUAGUCUCCAAGGCAUGGUUAAGAAAAUGGGAGAAGUAAUGGACGAAUUUCGAAAGAAUUCGGAGGAUAGUGUGCGUAUAUUGAACAGAAGAGUUUGCGUGUCGGAACAGCUUAACAAUGAAACGCGAGACUGGUACAAAAAGACGCGAGAUCAACACGAGCAAGACAAAAAGGACAACGACUUAGCGUUUCAUAGCAUCAAGAUUAUAAUGUCGGGGGUGAGUGAAACGUUAAGUGUGUCCGAGACGUUUGGACUCCGGUUUGCGGAAUGUUGCGAGGCGUUCAAUAACCGUGUGUCGAAAGUGUCGUGUGAGAUAAAUUUUGUGAGGGAUUGGGUGAAGAGAAAGAAUGGUGCAUUGGUACAAGUUAAGGAAGAUUUUGAUGCACUUGUGGUUCAAUUGGGUGAUAAAGAAGAGGAGAUACUUUGGUCAAGGCAAAAAGCAUUGAAACUAGAGAACAAGUUAAGGGAUUUGGAGAAGGUUGUUAAGGAGAAUGAUGAGGCCAUGAUUGUUUUGAAAGAGGAGAAAAGGGAAGCAAUUAGGCAAUUGUGUAUUUGGAUUGAUCAUCAUCGUAGUCGGUCUGAUUUUCUUAAAAAGGCGUUUUUUGAGCUCGUUGCUAGAUGCCAAAGAUCGUGUUAA